AUGACUAUAAUACAAUCGUGCGUAAAAAAAUUUGAUUGUUUACAACCGUUACAUGUUAUGAGUGCUGAGUUAGCCUUUCCUAAAAUUAUAAUCUUUGAAAACAAAAGAAGUGUUGUUAUUGUGGACAUUAGCAAAGCAAAAGAAACAAACGAUAAUUAUACUCACUCUUUUGAUAGUGAUAUAGUAAAUUAUAUUGUGCGGGGAUAUCACUUAUGGCUUGUUUUAAAAUCAAAUGAGGUCUUCGUUAUAAACAUCUGUAAUAAUCUCAUGAUAGAAAUAAAAUGCAAUAGUUACGCUAAUUACAGAAUACAAAAAUUCACAACUUCUGGCUCAAACUUAAUAUUAAUCAGUGAGAGUGGAGAACGUCUUCGUGCUUUAUUAUCUGAUGAAGCUUUAGAAAACGAAAUUAGUAAGGGUAAUCAGGAAAUAAUUAUUUGUUACGAAAAAAUAUCGAUACCAGCUAACAAACAAUAUCAUGUUAAAAAUGUUGAAGACGAAAUUGGCUUUUACAUAGAUUCUCAAAAGCUCAUGAUGAAAUGCAAUACUACUGGAUUAAUCAAUGUAAUACCUACUAAUAGAGAUUUGCAAUACUUUGUUCAGUGGAAUGAAAUGAGCAUAGUCGGUGAUAAUGACAAAAUGUGGUUUUUAAACGAGAAUUUUAAUUUGACAUCUAAAAUCCACAGUCCUAAUUAUCACUAUUAUCCUAUAGGCGCAAACAAUGACGUAUUUUAUUACAUUGAAUGGAAUAAAAAUGAGAUUGGUAUUCACUAUGCUUCCAUUUCUGCAAUUGAAGAACAUAAUGAUGGGAGUAAUGGUGCUAUUGAUAUAAAAAAGACACCUUCAUCACAAGAAAUACUUAAAUCAAAGCUGGAAUCUUUAGUUGAAAUUACUAUGGUAGGUAAUACUCUACCGGAUCAGGUAAUUCCUGAAAUGCAGAUCCUAUUUAAUGACAUUGAUGAUUUUAACUUCCUCAUAAAUAUAGCUUUAAAACUCUGUAAGCAAAGUCUGUCAUACAAGGCUAUAUUAUAUACUCUUCAAAAACGAAUUUAUGCAACUAAUGAUCAGACCUUAAUUAACCUCAUUUAUGAUGUUAUGGUAAAAACAGACUUAUCUGAAUAUAUAAUCUUUAGAGGUGGAAAUUUUUACAAUGAUAUUAACAUAUUUGAUAUGAACUUUAUUGAACUUUGUAAUAUAUUUAUUUCUAAGUCAGAUGCAGACCUGGCAUCCAUAUGUUGGUUAAAGUAUUCAGAAAUAAACUCAACCAUUACUUCAGAGAAUAUUCUGGAUAUUUUAAAUGCCAUACCAUUCAAUAUCAAAAUGGGUGCACUUGUAAUAUGGUUUCGUAACUUUAUACCCCCACUUUUAGAACAAAAUCCAUUCUAUAUCGAUUUAUUUGUAAAAUGGACUACUGAUAGAGUUCUCCACUUAGAACAAUCUACUUACUGGCCUAAAAUUGGUUUAAAAUUUAUAGACUCUAUAGUAGAUGUUUUAGAAACGUCUAUGAAAACUAUAUGCAUUAGACCAAUCUCAAUUGAUAAUUUAGGUGUUAUUAAAGAUCAUAUUAAUUAUAUAUUAGAAUUAAAAGAGAAGUAUAAAAUUAAUAUGUUACUCAGUGAAUUCAGCUCACAAAGUCCAUCGGAAAUUGCUCUUAUCAUGCUACGACGAUGUUAUACAGAAGAUUUAGAAAGCUAUUUACAAGAAAGCUUAAUAUCAUAUGCGUCACGUUUUUUGUUAGAUAUGGAUGACAUUUUACGUUCAUACAUAGAAAGUGAAGCUGCCAGCUGUGGGGGCAACAUCGAUGGACACCGCCUUAACAUUUUACUUAAUGCUUUUCACUCUCUUACCAACAGACUAGAAUGCCUGCUUAAUGUUCUUAAGGUUUUAGAUGUCCCUUGGAAUCCAACAGUACUUACAAUUGCAACCAAUUCAGCUGCUUUAACCCACAAAGAUUUUACAAUAACAGAAAGUGAUUUGGAGCUUACAAAAGAAAUAUACAUUGAGUUAAAUUAUGCAAAAAUUAAGGUUAUAUUAAAAAAAUAUAACUUUCCAUUAACUUGUACCGAUUACAUACUAGUUAUUCAUAAAUUAGUAAAUUCCUCUCCUGUGGACUUAGAAGAUUUAAAAGUAAUCACGACAAUCCUGACUGAUUUUGCUAUCUAUGCCAACACUUUGUAUAUAGACAAGUGCUUAGGAAAUUGCGAAACAAAAUCAGCAUUAGAAUAUUUUCGAAAUCUUUCUUUAAGAGAUCGAAGAAUUAUAAUAAAGACAUUACAAAACAAAUAUGAACAAAUUAUCACAGGUGUUACAUAUAAUCCACUUUUGGAAAGAAACUAUAUUGACUUUAUGAAAAGUUCCUUUUUAUUGGAUGAUAUACAAAUCAAUAAAUUAGAAAAUCUUUACUAUUUAAAAAAUUCUUACAAUAUAAAACUCGACUUAAAUAGUAUUAAUAAUCAUAAGAAUUGUACAAGGGAACUUUCCAAAUUUAAACAAAAUGAAGAAAUUUUGUCAAGUUCAGGACGUGGAAGAUGUGUAUCACAGCUUAUGAGACAAGAUCUCCUGAAGCAAUCAAAAUUAAUUACUAAAUUAUGUCAAACUUCUUGUGGUCGUCGUGCAAGAAAGCUAGUUGAAUCAUUAGUUUUGUAUAAAGAUAUGGAAGAUGGUAAUAAUAUAACAAUUUUAUCCCAAUAUAAAGAUGGACAAAAUCCUACUCUUUUGUUAGAAUCUUAUAAUAUAUUAUCAGAAGUUAUUAGCAACUGCGAAGAAGAAGAUAUCCACCACUUGCUCAAAUAUUUAUCUAUUCUUAAUGGACUUCUCCAUGCUAGUGUCAUCUUGAAAAAUCUCUCUGUCGCAUGGAAAUUCCAGUAUAUAUUUUUGUCUAUGUCGUCAGUCAAUGGCUUAAAUGAUUUAAUAGACUUUCAUUCGUCUGUUGCAUCAAAGAAUUUCUUAGAUGCUCAGAUUUCCGACAUAUUGAUAAAAAGCGAUUUGAUCCCAUUCAGAGUAUUUGCAAAAUUUAUGGACUGGUCACUAAGUACAGGAAUGGCAUUGUGUGAUAAGAUUUUGAAAAUAAGGGAUAAAGUUACUAAAAGAUUACUUGCAAAAGUAAUCGCUUCGCAAGACUUUGAUCAAACUUUAGUGACGUCUCUUUUACUGACGCUAAGAACCACCGACAUAGUAGAAGACAAAAUGUGGAUUUUAGAGUUAUUGAAGGGACAGUCCGAGUCUUUAACGCCUGUUGUUAUGAAUUAUCUUUCAUCCUCCGUUAUACGUCAUACUUUUGAACUUGAAAAUAUUCUACCUGCAAGCACUAUGUCACACCCCCCACAAUACAUACUAAAAACAAAGUUCAACAUAAAUCUAUCUGAAAUAGCUAUCGCGGAAAACACAGAGGAAACAUGGGAUGGCAAAGUGCUGCUAUUUUACUUUUUACGGCACAAUCCGUACACCAAAUUGGACAGAGUUGUUGAAUUGUGUAAUACACUUAAUGUUUCACUUAAUAACGGUUUCUCAUUAUUACUCAUAUCUUUACUCACAAAUUGGGAUUUAAAGUAUAAAGUGCUUGAAAACGAUUUAGGUUUUCGUGAAAUAAUUGUUGAAAACGAUGUGACGAAUUUAUUACCAAAAUGCUUAAUUCUUGGGCAGAGUAUAAACGAUAAAGAGUUUCUUAUAGAUGUGCUCAAUGAUUUUUGGAAAAACGGUGAAGUUAUAAUACAUGGAUGUCUAGUAUCUAUAAAUCCUUAUUAUUAUGAAAUUUAUUUUUGCAUAUACCAGUUAAUGUUUUCUGCAGUCACAGAGUCUAAAUAUUUAAAAGAGUAUUAUUUAUUAAACUUUUUAAAAGGAUAUCAACGAAAAAGUAAUCCUAAACAAUACGAAUUUGAGCUAUUUUCAGGUAAAGGAAUGUUUCCAGAAAUCGGGCAUUACCGAUUGCCGUUUCAUCUCUUUAUGCGCGAUGACAUGUGGUCAAAUUUAAAGUCUGAAAUAACGCUUGAGACCUAUGAGCACUGGUUGCCUGUUGUUGCAUUACUAUCACUAGAUGGCGAUAUUCAAACAGCUAAAGAUAUGAUAUGCAGUAACGCAGUAAAGCAAACAAUGACUGCACGCAAAAAACCUGAUAACGACGUUGUUUCAAAAGAGAAUGAACCGUGGCGUUUGAUAUCGCGUGAGGAACCCUUACUUCGAACUGCUCAUCGUUGUGUAAGUUACAUUGCAAACAUGGAAUGGGCGAGUGCCUGUUUAUUUUAUGUCCUACAAGGAUGUGCCAGAGGGGCAGACCAAGUUGCUGCAGCCCAACUUUGCUAUCAAUUUUCGCAGAGGUGGGCAACUGUCCAACCAGACAAUCGUGCCGUUAGACAAAUGGAAAAAUUGCAUACCACUCUUUCAACUCGUCAUGCGCUACAUAAAAUAGACUGGGCAUGUGAAGAGCUAAUUCGGCUUUCAACAGAGCCCGGCCAACUUAUACAAGCUUUAUACCUACAUCCUAAAUUCAUAGAAAAAAUCGCUCGCCAUGAUAUAAAUCGUGCGGCAAAUGAAAUAGCUGACAAAAAUAACAUCAAUAUAAGUUCAAUUAGAAUUCAAAUAUUAGAAAAUAUGCUUGAUAAAGUGCAUAAAGAAAAGAAAUAUUCACCAGGACUAGAUACAAAAGACUUAAUUACUGCUAAAUAUAUAUUGAAGGCUACUUGUCCGAAAAUGGGUGCUAUUUAUUUGUCUAGGAUUGCAUUUGAUGAUGAAAGUGAUUAUAACAAAUGUAAAAAACUAAGAGCUCUGCAAUGUUUGAUGAGUGUAGUAGAACCAGACACUGUCAUGAAAGUCAGCUAUAGGGAACGUGAUGUACUUUGGACAUCAUUGUUAGAACUACUUUACAUUGAUAAUCUUGAAAAAAUUGAUAUGCCUUGGAUUGUAGCAACAUUUAUGCAAAAUAAAACGCUUGCUUUAAAUCAACUGAUUCAAGCUUCCGGAAACAAUAAUGAAAGCAUGAAAAUUGCAGCAGAAUUGGCUCACAAAUUUGGAAAUGUCGAAAUUAUACGUGAAAUUAUACCUCUAUUAUUACGCGCUUGUUUAUUUGAGGAAAUGAUCCCCUUAUUGUUAAAAUUCCAACAUCCACCCGACAAAACUAUCUAUUCGGCUUGGCGUGCAAUCAUUUUGAGUCCAUUCAAACGUGCCGAUUAUCCUAUUACGGAACGUCAAAAGGCUAAAUGUAUUCAGGCUCUGAACCUUUUACCAGUGUGCCCUGUAAUAAAAGAUGAGGAUUUAAUUGAAAUAUGGAAGAAUUGUGUAAGAUGCAAAUGUUUAGGCUUAGGUUGCUUAAUAUUACCAUACAUGACUCCUAAAACAAGACAAAGCUUAACCGAACUUCAUCGAAUUGAUAAAAGAAAUCUUAUAAUAAGUUUAAAAAAUUUAAUUUCUGAAAGUUAUCUUGUAUCAGGUGCCAUGUAUGUUUUAGAUAAUUUAACAACACGAACUUACAAA